AUGACGUUCUACAACAAAAUUUUCCCAUUCUAUCCCCAACAACGAACCCCCUUCAUCUUCGACCUCGAACUGCUCACUGUCAUCUUGGUCUUCUUAGUAUUCGCUGGAAUUUUUCUUCUUAUUCUUCCAGGAAUACGUGGCAAGUCGCGGCUGUUCUGGAUGUUCAGAGUAAUUAUCAGUUUAUUCAUUGGCGCGGUCAUAGUGGCUGUCAACUUCUCUGGAGACUGGGCUGCCGCCAGCGUGAAGGCGAACACCACCUAUAAGUCCUUCAGCAAUGCUUUUGUGAGCGCUGAGGUUGGCCUGCACGUGGGACUUUCUGGAAUCAACGUCACACUUAAGGGAAACCCAGUGAGGCAGCUGAACGAGACCAUAGACUACAACGAGAUGUUCAAGUGGACAGACAGUUUAGACGAGGACUACGCAGAGGCACUGGAGAGGGGCCUUCCCAGCCCCAUCCUGUAUGUCGCAGAGAAGUUUACCAUGAACAGCCCCUGCGGCCUCUACUACCAGUACAGAUACUCUGGACGAUACGCCUCCGCCACCAUGUGGACAGCAUUCUGCUGCUGGCUGGUUGCCAACAUCCUCUUCUGUAUGCCUGUCAUCCUCUACGCUGGUUACAUGAUGCUGGUCACCGGAGCCUUCAUGUUCUUAUCCCUUGCCUCCUUCUCCACCAUAUACAACCUGCCUUCCUGUAUUUUCACCCUUGGGACAGCCUCCUUUCAGAUUGGCUACAGUGGUUCGUUCUGGCUAGUACUAGCCACAGGUUUUCUAUGUGGCCUCAUUGGCAUAUUGGUGGUGAUAUUGGACUGUUUGUUCCCCAAGAAGAUGAAAGAAGUGUUCAGUGUAGGAGUAGAUGAUGAUGAUGAUGAUGAAGAAACCUGUUUGGGGAAAGGAUACCUAAAUACCAACUUUCUUGAAGGCGUGACUAGCCUAGCACCAGUGAAUGUCUCUUUUGUUGUAAGUCUCAAUCAUGUCAGACACAAUUAA